UUAGCGCUUCAUGUCUGAGGGGCCCCAACGAUUCCGUUGAGAGCUGCGAGGGCAAGCACAUGAUCUAUCGCUGCGGGGACGCCAUUUUAGUUUUCGGUACCAAGGCAAAGGCAUUUUAUCACUGCACGGGUGUAUCCGUUGUGAAGAAGCGAUAUGCGAUUUGCCAUGUACCGUACAGCUGGGAUGAUCAUCAUACUUGGCCACCUUCUGCUGCUGACCACUCGAAGCGUCGAAUCGAGCACCGAAUCACGAAACAUGGAGCUAAGAGGAACCCGGAUUAAACGUGCAGCAGGGGGUAGCGGUGGAGCAUUCGGUAUAAUCACCUUGCUGAUACAGAUGCUGAGUGAAGUCCUGCUGAAUGCGAAUAAGGAAACCACUUGCUCCGUGCUGUCGCACAAGGAAUUGGUGGAACGUGCCCUGAGUUAUGUGCCGGACAACUUUAUUACCGAGCAAAUCAAAUCAACGAUAAUGAAGCAUUCGAAUAGGUGUCAGAACCACACCUUAGGAGAUGCGUUGAGCAGCAAGUUUGUUCUGUUGUUUAAAAUGGUCAAGAACCGCGGAAUAUAUCCAGGCACCAAAUGGUGUGGAGCGGGAAACAAAGCUGCAAGUUCUACGGACCUUGGGACAGCUAGAGCCACCGACGAAUGUUGCAGAGCGCACGACCAGCGGGGAGGAAAACUUCCCGUCCUAGGUGAACUGGACGGCAUCAGAAACAAAUAUCCUUACGCCAUUUCAAGCUGCGACGACGAGAAGAAGUUGUUCGGAUGUCUGUUGAACGACAGCAGCAAAGCAUCAAAAGAGUUUGGUCAGUUCUAUUACGAUGUGCUACAGUCCAGGUGUUAUGCUAACACUUAUCCUUUGAAGUGCAUCAAGUCGAAAAUGUCGUUCUUGAAAAAGAAGUGCACAGAGUAUGAGCUGCCGAAUGACGAACCGAGAAAAUAUCAGCUGUUCAAGCCCCCCAACUUCUACUGGGCAUACGUCGAAAGGUGGAACCUGCCAGCACUCAGCAGACGACCUAACACUGACGUGAACCCACCCAAGUCGUGGAAGCUUAUUGAAAAAUUCGAUAAACGCAAGCCAACAAACGACUCGGAGAUACUCAAGAGUGGAAAUAAACGAUCACGCGAAUAAAGGAAGAGACAAUUCUUUA